AAACUGUUGAAGUUAACGAACUCUCAGCGCACGGAGCCAAUGGGUGAUUGCAAAGGCCAAAGGGGGCUUGAGGCAGAAGACAGAGAAGAGGGAAGAGGUUCCUUCCUUCCUUGAUGGCUCUCUCUUCUCUUACCCUCCCAGGAAUCUCCCCCGACAUUAGAGAAACCCUGCCUUCAGCCCUUCACUCAAGAAUCACUGAAACCCAAUUCUAAAAGCUCAAUCGUCGGGAGAUUUUCUCUGUAAUUUUUCCCCAAAAGAAAACGAAGGGGUGGCCGUGAAUGAUGAUCUUCUAAAUGGUGAUAAUUACUUUUGGUUGGACAAUUUUAGUGUGAAAAGCAUGCAACUAAAUGGGGCAAAAACGUUUAAAGAAAGCCCAAGGGUCUCAUUGUCCUGUCCAGUCCCAUUCUCACCCAGGAAAAGCGCUUCCUACAACAAGCUUCCGCAGGUGCCCAUCAAGCUCACUGUUCUUAAAUUGGAUGGAACUAGCUUUGAGAUAUAUGUGAUGAGGAAUGGGACUGUAGCUGAGCUAAAGAUGGGGGUGGAAGCGGCCUUUAGUCAUUUUCCCAAGAAUGGCCCAGACGCAAUCUCAUGGUCACAUGUGUGGGCAAGGUUCUGCUUGAGCUAUGAAGGAGAAAAGCUACUGACUGACAUUGAUUCUAUAGAAAAUUAUGGAAUCAGGGACGGUGAUCAGCUUGAAUUUAUGCGGCAUGUUUCCAUUGCUUAUGCUGCAAAGAAGCCGAAGACAAGUCCAAAAAGAGUGGGCAUUUCUAUGGAUGAGCCAAGUGAAUCCAGAGGGAAUGGAGAUAGGAAGUCCAAAUACAAAGAAGACAAAAAUAAUAUGGGAAAGCUAGUGUGCAAAAGAGUAAGUGUUGCCUGUCACUGCCAAUGCAGACCAAUUCUGUGGCUAAAGAAGUGGUUCUCCUUCCACAGAGUUUCUAGAUCUGUGGUGGUGCCAAAGCACCCAUGGAUCAAUUUUCGGAAAGAAUGGAAAAAGGAUGGUUUCCCUCUGUUGGAAAAAAACGAUGAACAUGUCUGAAAGAGAAAUUUGGAAAAGCAGAGUGGUAGAAUUUUGUGGACUUACAUCUAAGUUCUGAUGCUGCAUAAAAUCAAUAAUUUUCACUCUUUCCUUUUUGAUCCAUCUCAAACUAUCUCCAUUUGGAAACGCAGUUUAUAUUAUUUCUCACGGUUGAUAUAGUUUUCAAUUUAUUAUUUCAUCGUGCGCAGUCAAGGUACGUGUUUAUGCAGAAGCCGCUGGUAUAAGAGCAUAAAACAUGUCUUACAAAAUCCAUAUGUGGUUAUGAAACGGGA